AUUAGAAGUUUCAAAAAAAAAAAAAAAUCUACUAGAUACAUCUUUGUUUAUCAAAAAAUAAAAAAUUUAAAAUAGUACAAGAAGCUAAAUUAUCAAUAUAUAUAUCAUUUAUACAAAUAGAUAUAUAUCCCUAAUAUCAUCAUUAGUUAUUUUUUACAGACUACAUAACCAAAAAAAAAUACUACAUUAUUCGAAAUAUAAUACAAUAUCCUACUUAUUUUUUCUAAAUUUGGAAAUUUUUUAAAGAUCCAAUAUUAUUCUAAUGGAUCUUCAUAUUCUACCAUUUAUCGCCUCCCUUUUUAUUGCUCUUGUAGUAAGCCAAGCCACUCCAUCACCCGAAAUUUACUGGAAGAAAAUGUUGCCAAAUACUAAAAUGCCAAAUGCUAUCAAGCUUUCAUUGUCUGAGCCUGGGAUUGAAGAUGGAGUUCACCUCCGUGAUAAUAGCAGGUCCUUAAGACAUGUUAGACAUCCACGACAUCAUCGAGAGGUUGAUGGCGAAGCAGAUGUAAAUGUGGGCUCAAUGGAUGGAGUUGGGGUACACACAAGGAAUAACAAUGGUGGGCACACAAAUGUUGACGUGGGCCCAAUGAAUGGAGUUGGAGUACACACAGCAAAACACGGAAAAGGAAACGCUGACGUGGACGUAGGAAAUGGAGGAGUUACAGUAAACGCAGGCCCAAAAGAUAAGCCCAAUUACGUUAAAGUACAACCCGGGUUUAACCCAUUUGACUACAGGUAUGCCCAUCACAAAAAGGGUCAUGCAGAAAAUGGACGUUCUUUGUUUUUCUUAGAGAAAGACAUGAAAUUUGGAAAGUCGAUGAGAAUUCAUUUUAGACUACGAACCAAUGAAGCCACCUUCUUACCUAGGGAGAAAGCUGAGUCACUUCCUUUCUCCUCCAACAAAAUCACAACGAUUCUUCGAGAAUUUGAGGUUGAGCCAGAAUCCGAAGAAGCCAAUGUUAUCAAAGAGACAAUUACAGGGUGCAAGGAUAAGGGCAUAAAAGGGGAAGAAAAGUAUUGUGCAACUUCUCUCGAGUCGUUGGUUGAUUACGUGAAGAAAACUCUAGGGACAAAUGUUAAGGCCAUGUCUACUGAGUCUAAAAUAAUUGGUAGUAACAAAGUUCAAAACUAUACAAUUGUUGCAAUGAAAAAAGUGGAUGGAGAUAAUGCAGCUAUAGUGUGUCAUAAGCAAAGGUAUGCUUAUGCAGUGUUCUAUUGUCAUAAGAGUAGUGGCACAUCGGCAUAUAUGGUGUCUUUGAUGAGUAUGAAUGGGUCAAAGGCUAGAGCGUUGACUAUUUGUCAUAAAGAUACAAGUGCUUGGAACCCUAAACAUUUGGCAUUCCAACUUCUUAAUGUGAAGCCUGGAAGUGCUCCUAUUUGUCAUUUCUUGCCCGAGGAUCAUAUUGUAUGGCUAUCAAAAUAGAAUUUGUUGUUAAUUAGAUGUAGUCUUUUUUGUUUUCCUUUUUCCUAGCUGUAUUUGAUCGAUCUGAAGUUCAGAUAAGUUUCAAUGAUUUCAAUAAAUUCUAAACAAGUUUAAUUUCGAA